GUCGGUGAGGGGCUCCGUUUAUAACGUUCGCCUUUUGCUGGUCCCCCUUCCCACCACACGAUCGCGCUGAACACCACCAACAACAGUACAAACCACCAGAGACAGAGCACAUCAAAGAUGGCAACUCCAAUCCCCUCCCACCAACGCAUCGUCCCCGGUAGCGUCAACCUCCCCCCUUACCCCUGGCCCGCCACCGCAAAAGACACAAGCGUCGACCCUGUUUCCAUCGCCGAGUCUGUCACUUCCAAGCUGAAUGGCUACCUCUCCUCGGGUGAUUUCGCCUCAAUCUCCGAGCUCUUCACCGACAACGGCUUCUGGCGCGAUCACCUAGCCCUCUCCUGGACACCCCGCACGAUCAAGACCUCUGCUGCCAUAGCUGAUUAUCUUUCCUCUUCUCCGACCAAGCUCAGUUCGGUACAAGUGGAUCUGACGUCUGAGUUUCGGAAGCCACAGAUUGCGAGUUUCGCUCCGGGGGGCAGUCCGGAUGUGAAGGGGAUUGCGUUUUACAUCAAGUGGGGGACUAGUCUUGGGACGGGAAGAGGGGUGGCGAGGCUUGUUCAGGAGGAUGGAGAGUGGAAGAUUUGGACCAUGUUUACUUGUUUGGUGGAGUUGAAGGGGUGGGAGGAGAAGGUGGGGGCGAGGAGGGAGUUGGGCGUUGAGCAUGGGAAACAAGAAGGGAGGAAGAACUGGAGGGAGAGGAGGGAGGGGGAGCAGGAGAAAGGGGAGGGGGAGGUGUUGGUUAUUGGAGCUGGGCAGUCAGGUCUGACGAUUGCUGCGAGGUUGAAAAUGUUGGGGGUCAAGACAGUGGUCAUUGAUACGAAUGAGAAGGUGGGCGACAACUGGCGGAAGAGAUAUCAUCAGCUGGUGCUGCAUGAUCCAGUGUGGUACGACCACAUGCCGUAUCUCCCCUUCCCUGAGCACUGGCCGGUUUUCACGCCAAAGGAUAAACUGGCCGAGUGGUUUGAGUUUUAUGCCAAGGCGCUCGAACUCAACAUCUGGACUUCUACCUCCCUUAUAUCUAGCAAAUGGGAUGAGGGCACCAAAACUUGGGAGGUGAAGGUGAAUAAGGGGGGCAGAGAGGAGAGGGUUCUCAGGCCGAAACAUAUCGUUUUGUGUACGGGACACUCGGGCAAGAAGUUCAUGCCUGAUAUCAAGGGGCUGAGCGAGGGGGUGUUUAAGGGGUUGGCGGUCCACUCUGCUGAUUUCGCCGGUGCGAAGCAGCAGCAAGAGGGGACUGAAAGAAAGAGAAAGGCGGUGGUGGUCGGGGCGUGUAAUUCUGCUCACGAUAUCUGCCAGGAUUACUACGAGAAGGGGUAUGAUGUCACCAUGGUGCAGAGGUCGUCGACUUGUGUCGUGUCCAACAAGGCGGCUCUCAAGGUUUUGCUGGCGGUGCUGUACGAGGAGGGUGGACCGCCGGUCGAAGACAGCGACAUCUGGCUUCAUGGCUGGCCGAGUGAGGUUAUGAAGAGCAUACAGAUCGAUCUGGCCAGGAUUCAGCGGGAGAUGGACAGGGAUUUGUUGGAAGGGUUGGAAAAGGCCGGGUUCAGGACUGACAAGGGGGUGGAUGAAGGGGGGUUGUUUAUGAAGUAUUUACAACGGGGUGGGGGGUAUUACAUUGAUGUGGGCAUGUCGCAGCUGAUUAUUGAUCGCAAGGUGAAAGUCAAGCAGGGGGAGGAGAUUGAGGAGUUGGUGGAGAAUGGGUUGAGGUUCAAGGAUGGGGAGGUGCUGGAGGCGGAUGAGAUUGUGUUUGCUACUGGGUUCAUGAAUAUGAGAACCCAGGCGAGGCAUAUUCUGGGAGAUGAGGUUGCGGAUAGGGUGGACGAUGUUUGGGGAUGGGAUGAGGAGGGGGAGAUGAGGGGGAUCUGGAAGGGGAGCGGGCAUCCGGGCUUUUGGUUCCAUGGUGGUAAUUUGGCCUUGACUAGGUAUUUCAGUAGGGUGGCUGCGCUGCAGAUCAAGGCGAGGCUGGAGGGAUUGGGGGCCUAAGAUUCAGGGGAUAUCUCGGCUGUGGGUUUACAAGGCAGGCUUCAGGGGCGUCAACACCCAGCAAUCUUGAUUUCUCUUCCAACUCAAGAAAAUCCUCUAGUUGUUCUUUGAAACCCCCCUCACACUAUCCUCCAUCUUGGCCAUGGCUUCCUCAUUCUGCCGCGUCAAAUCCGCCUCGUUGGUGAACCGCCCAGCCUGUGUAAAAAAGACCCUAGCCUUCUUCGGGUCCUCAUGGAUAUCCCUCUCGGCAAAGGCAUAAGCGCGUCCAAGCAUUCUCGCCACGUUAACAACAUCCUGAGACCUCGGCCGCCUAACAGCAUCAUACGCACCCAGUGCCGCCUCAAUCUGGCUCGGCUGCUUCACCCUCUCAAACAAAUGAUCCAGCACCGCAGCAUCCUCCAACGCCUGCGCGGCCCCAUUCCCAGCAAACGGCAGACUAGCAUGAGCGGCAUCCCCCAGCAUGGCCACCCUCCCCUUGAAGUACACCGGCGCAUUAUCAUGAUCCCCCACCGCCCAGCUAGCCGACGUGUCCCUCGCCACCAGAUCCACAAUGGCCCUCGCCUCCGGAGUGUAGUCUUUAUACAACCCGACAUCCAACUCUUUUCUUCGCCCCUCAUCAUUCCCCUUCCCAGGCCCGUCAACCUCCUUCUCGCCCAACGCCGCCCCCCUGACGGCAACCCCAGCGCUCAACCUCGUCCCCUUGUUCAUCGGUAUGCAAUUCACAUGCCCCCUCGGCCCAAGCAAAAUCGGGACCGUCCUCGUAAACCUCUCCUCCACCCCGGCCUCGAUCGCCUCCUUGGUGGUAACCACCGUCCGAUAAACCUGCCACCUGUCGUGAUUAACCGGGUGUCUCGCCGGAUGGUCCUCCCCAACAACAUAACCCCUAACAACCGAACGUAUCCCAUCCGCCCCCAAAACACAAUCCGCCUCCCCCUUUGUCCCAUCCCCAAACUCAAACUUGACCUUCUCCUCCUCCUCCUCCUCCCAAAUCUUUGUCAGUCUCUUCCCAAAGCUCACCUUCUCCCCCGGCACCAACCCGAGCAACCCAGCCAACAGGUCCGCCCGACUGACGCUCUUUCGUCCCUUUGCCCUCCCCAACUCGGCGACCGGUUCUUGGUCAGCUCCCGUGUUGGCGUGAGGCCCACAAGCAAAAAAGAUGUCAGUCGCCAUUUCCGCUUCCGCAUCCUCACCGAUGUUGAUCGCCUUGUCGAGGUAAGCCUGGUGGACCUCCGGUCCAAGAAGCGCCAUGGCCGCGAGGGCGUUGCGGUGGAGGGCCAGGCCGGCGCCGACGUCGGAAUGGGCAGGGACGGCUUCGUAGACGUGGAUGUCGAGGUGGGGUUUUUUGACGAGGGCGGCGGCGAGGGAGAGGCCGGCUAUGCCGCCUCCCAUUAUGGCUAUGGAGAGGGGGUGAUGGGUGGAGCCCAUUUUGAUGAUGGUGGUGGUGGUUUGUUGUUGUGAUGAGGGAAAGGAGAAUAAAGCUGGCGAGUUUUCAAGGUGAUGAUGAGGGAUUGGAAAAGGGGGAAGAGAGUGGAAGGGCAAGCGUCACGUGUCAGAGACAAGAAGCGAGUACCGUUGCCCCUUUUCCUCAACGGGCCCCGAAGGGGGGGCAGAGUCAUUCAUUCACCUAGCGUUGCUCCGGGAGGAACGGAGGAAAUGAUGAGACCGAAAAUCGUGUUGAUAAAAGCUACGGUGCUUCAGUAAGGCAGUCUCGUCUAUCCAAUCCGAAUUCCAAAUGCUGUCGUCAUGUCGUGUCCAAAACCACACCAUCUGUCUGCCAAAUCGUGUCCGAAGAAUGUUCUGUCAAAUUUCCCCACAAGAUCACACCAACCGAAUCUCCCAUCUCCAAGAGAAAACCCCCCUAACCUGAUCAUCAACCCCGGAAGCCACCGUGGCGCGGCCUCCGCCGCGAUUCAAGCGGUAAACUCAUCCCCGGAGUUCUCCACCUUCUUCGGGACCAUGGCCUUUCUGUAAUCGCCAAGUCAGCAUUCUCCAUCACCGCCACCGAUCGUAGAUGUUCAAGAACACUCACAAAACCUUAUCCGCAUCCUUCUCCUUGAACCUCACCUCAACCUCGGCAUUCCCCACCAAAGCCUGCAUCGAAACCUUCCUCUCCGUCGCCCCCCCACACCCAGGAGCCAAACCCCCCUUCUUCCGCGACGCCAUCUGCCCCGGCUUCCCUAAAGGCGAGCCCCAAAAAGCAUCCUCCUCCUCCGCCCUCCUCCCCCUCCCCACAGGCGUAAGGGUAGGAACAGCAUCCUGAGCAGCAACAAACAACUCCGGCUUCUUGGGAGUGGUAGCGGCAUCAAUAACACUCUGAUAAUACUCCUCGUCCUCACGAGACGGACCAGGGACGUGGUUGUUCUUGCUCCGCGCAGGCCAUGGAGACGGAGACGCAGGACGGGGGGGAGGAGGGGAAGGAGGCGGCUUGUUGGCGUAGCGCUCCCGCUCCAUUUCGCGCAAUCUGAUCGCCUUGGGAGCUUCCUCCUCUGUAUCCUCGACGACUUGGUCCUGCGCUGCGUCGUGGUAGACAGAGGCCGCGACCGGCUCAGACUUUGCGCCGAGGGAGGGGCUUGUGGACAAGGUGGUGGGGAGACGGAUGGGCCAUUUGCCGAGGGCCGCGAGGCCGUGGGGGACGGGCUGGGGAAUCAGAGUCGCGCGGAUGUAGUGGUAAAGAAGAUCACGGUCUUCUUUGGGGAGGGCGGCGACGCGGGGUAGGUUGGCGGUUUGGGAACGGGCCUGGGUGAGGAUGUAUUUGAUGGCAUCCAUGUGCUUCUUGUUGAAGUGAAUGCGCCAGGCGAUGCUGUUCUUCAAGCGGUCGGCUGUGUCGAUGUCUUCGGGGUAGUUUUGGAAGGUGAUCUCGAUGAGGGUUCCGUUGCCGAUGAUGGAGUCGUCUUUGUCGACGUAGUGGUAGUACACUUGGCGGUUUAGGGAGGGGAGAUCAUCCUCCUGAAAGGAGAUGGCGAGAAGGACGUGAGACUGGUCCUUCUCGAGGUUGCAGUAGACAGACAAAUGACCCUUGCUUGCACGGCGACAGAGGGUAGUGUCGGGGCGCUGCUGGCGGUGCCAUUCGGAUUGGGGGCCGACAUGGAUGAAGCUGACUGUGUUUGUGGGGAAGGAGAUGAGGUAGGGAGGGACGAAGCUCCCAAGUGGUUGGUCCAUGGUGAGAAGGGUGUGGUGUCCUUGCUGUGUGCAGAUGAAGUGAAGGGUGCUGAUGAUGGAAGUGACGGAUUGGCGUCUCGUUUAGUGGACGGAGAGGGGAGAGUCUUAUACUUGAGAAUCCUUCAUCAUUUUGCAAGUCUAACAGAGGUGGGUGUGGCCCAUGACGGAUGUUGGCAAAGAUAGAAAGCAGGGAGAUCCGCAGCCAUCCUUUGCUUCCAACCCACCACAUCGUGGUACACCUCAGCGGAUAGAAGCCUACCAAUGGCGGAGUUGCAGGCGUAUAUGCUAGACAGCUUUGUCGAUGUCAAAGCAGGACAAACACCUGAACCUUUACGACUACUACAGAAAGGGUGUGGGAUUUUAAGCUCACUGACGUCAUGUGGGAUUUUCACUCACGACCAUCACGUCGACCUGCCUUCACAAGACAAACGGAGUCUAAGAGUUCAAGAGAUACAGUGAG